AUGGUCGACCCGAUCAUCUGCAUGAAGCGCCUUACCAAGGUACUGAUGGAUGAGGGCAGUGGAGUCAACAUCAUGUACACGGAGACCCUGGAUGCCAUGGGCAUCGAUCGGUCGCGCAAUCGGCCGUCUGGGUCACCGUUCCAUGGCAUCAUGCUGGGAAAGCAGGCGAUACUGAUUGGGACAGAGACCCUCACCUUAGAAGUGAUCGGGUUUCAUGGAUCCUACCAUAUCAUCUUGGGGCGACCAUACUACGUGAAGUUCAUGGCCAUCCCCAAUUAUACUCAUCUGAAGCUCAAGAUGCCAAGCCCACACGAGGUCAUCAUCGUCGACUCCUCCUUCCAGCGCGCCUACCAGUGUGAGGUGGAGAGCUGCGAGCUCGCCUCGGUGGUCAUCGUCUCCGAGGAACUUGCGGCCAUCAGGGAGAAUACCACGGAGGAGGCGCCUGACUCCAAUUGGAUUGCCAGAUCCUUUGAGCCCGCGGAGGGCGUGAAGGAGGUUCUCAUCGACCCUCAGAACUCCGUGGACAAGAAGGUGUGA